CAGUGGAGGGAGGGCCCCCAUCUUCUGCCAAACCCGGGAAAUAAGCUGACCAAGCUUAGUCGCUAGCUGGGGCCGCUCCGGGGAAGUCCCGGCGGGUGAUACACCGCCAAGCCUCGUUCUGUUUCUCGGCAAGCCCUACCGGGACAGGGAGAAGGUGCAAACAGCUGGGGGCUCAGAGCUCGCGCUCUGCGCCCGGUGCCCCACCCAGGCUGCGGCCGCGCCGGGAGGAAGCGCGUAAAGUGGAUUUCGCUCUGAAGGUUCUCCAGUGGUCUGACUCAGAGAUGGUGAGGCUCCAGCUGUGGGAUAUUGCAGGACAGGAGCGCUUCACAUCCAUGACACGACUAUACUACCGGGAUGCCUCUGCCUGUGUUAUUAUGUUUGAUGUUACCAAUGCCACUACCUUCAGCAACAGCCAGAAAUGGAAACAGGACCUGGACAGCAAGCUCACACUGCCCAAUGGGAAGCCUGUGCCCUGUCUACUCUUGGCCAACAAGUGUGAUCUGUCCCCUUGGGCAGUGAGCCGAGACCAGGUUGACCGGUUCAGUAAGGAGAACGGUUUCAUAGGAUGGACAGAAACAUCAGUCAAGGAGAACAAAAAUAUUAAUGAGGCCAUGAGAGUCCUCAUCGAAAAGAUGAUGAAGAAUUUCAGAGAAGAUUUGUCUUUGUCCACCCAAGGGGACUACAUCAACCUACAAACCAAACCCUCCUCCAGCUGGGGCUGCUGCUAGGAGUGUUCUGCAUGCUUUCCCUCCCAGUUCUAGUCCCUUCCCUUUGGUUGCCCACUCAGCAGUUUAAUUAAGUACAUUUGAACUGUCUCCUGCUGACUGUCCAGGAAGGAGGGCCAUCAUCACCAAGAAAUGACACCUGGGACCCAGGUGCAUUUCUGCAUCUCCCGCAACUUGGUUCUCACUUGCUGCUGGCUCAUGUGGCCCAGGUAGUGCCUCUUGUAUAAGAUCACCUCGUCACUCAAUUUGCGAUCUGGGGCUUUGUGGGAAGGAUCAGAAAUCAGUAUUUGUGUCUUAAGGAUCAUAAUUAUCUACUGCCUUUGAGCUUAUAUUUCCAUCUGAUGUAUGUUGAGCUAUCAAUCUGAUAUGACUUCAGAUUGAGAGGAAAAUGAAAUCAAAGAUCAUUUCCCAAAUUCCUUGCAGGUCAGGCUUUCAGAUUCUUUCUGUCUUGGCAUUUGAAUUUACUGUAACUAUCUGAUUCUGAGAUGCAGAAGGAGUGGAGCUGGAUAUCUUUGAGUUUUAGGCUACUGGAGGUGACUCAAAAGUCACUGUAUUUUUGAAGCUUCUAAACUCAUAAUUACUGUAUUUUUCAGACCAUAAAACACAUCUAGGUUUUAGAGGAGGAAAAUAGGAAAAAAAUUUUUUAAGCAAAAAAUGUGGUAAAAUACUUAAUAGCAUAAUAUUUCACCAAUGUAAAUGUAAACAGAACUCAACAGCAGCAUUAACAACCAUUAUUCCUCCCAAAUUUGGGGGGCAGGAGUGUGUCUUAUAGUCCAAAAAAUACAGUAGCUUUCUCUUGUCUUGGCUUCAAGAAUAGUCACACUUACCCUGGCCGAUGGCUCAGUUGGUUGGAGAAUUGUCUUAUGUGUGUGCACACACACACAAAUGGUGUAGGUUCAAUCCCUGGUUGGGACAUGUACUUAGGACCUAGGAUGCAGGUUUGAGUCUUAGUUGGGCACGUAUGGGAGCCAACCAAUCGAUCUCUCUCUCUCAAAAUCAAUAAACAUAUCCUCAGGUGAGGGUUAAAAAAAGAGCAAUCAAGCUUUUAAACUAUCUAUUUUGUAUGAUGAGAGCUGCUCUUUCCACAAAGAAAUUACUUCUCACAUCAGGGUCUAAUCGUCUCCCCGCCAGAGGGUAGGGGCAGGGUGGGCAGGUUUCUGGGCUGAUGUCUUGAUGCAUAAUGCUGCCAGCGGCACCUGGCUGCCUGUUUCUCGCAGCUCUGAGGCUGUGAAUGGAAGAGGGAGAGGUUACUACAACAAAACCCUGUGGGGCAACUUGCUUAGGAGCACUCUGGGUGACUAGCACUUAACAGCCACGGGAAAUGAAUAUUAUGUACACACUUUUGUCUGGGAGUGGAAGUAGAUAGAAAAUCAUUAGCUAAUUUAACUGCUAAGUCAGGUAGGGUUUGAAGAUUGCUGGGUCCCAACCUCAAACCUACUGAGUGAACAUUUCUAGGGGUGAAGCCUGGGAAUGUGCUAUUUUUCAAAGCUUCCCAGGUGACUUUGAUCAGUCUGGUUUGAAAACAAACCCCUGCUGGAGAGCUUGGUACCACGUGGCAGAGACCCAGGCCUCUCCUGUUAGUUCUCCAGGUGAUUCUGGUGCACACUGGACUUUAAAAACCACUGUCCUAAGGGAGAGAUUAGAAGCCAAAUAUCAGAAAAAGAAUGAGAGCCAAGCCUUCAGUAGUUUUGUUUUUGUUUUUAAUGCCAAUUAUUAUAACUUUUGCACAACUUUUGAGACCUUGAAGUUCUCUUUUGUAUUACCCCUUUCAGGUAGAGUUUUUAUUAUAAUGAUUCUGAAGAUAAUAGUGGAUUAACAGAUUCACUUUAUAUGAGAAGAAAAUUGAUUUUUAUGCACUGGUUCAAACCCCUGAAAUAUUAUAAAUAAAUGAAAAAUAAAUCUUG